AUGUCAGCUUUGCGUCAUGUCCUCUGUGUGGAUGACGUUCUAUUCGGAGCGGAUAGCGUUGAGGCUGCUCGCCAGAUUCGUAAACAACUCAAUAUAUUAUUAAAUCGAGGCGGCUUCCAUUUGCGCAAGUGGAUCUCGAAUGAUCUGGCACUGCUGAGAGAUAUUCCAACUAUCGAACAUGAAUUAGCCGUCGAGCACCCACUCAAGGGAAACGACACAUCAAAGAUAUUCGAUUCGACAUGGCUACUGCGCGAGGCGCUACACGUUUCGAUUCCAGGUCGGGACUUUACCUACUCCAAAUCACACGAAGUCUUCGGUUCUUUAGUUUAUCUAUUCGACUUUUUAUGGUUGGGCGUCUCCCGUAAUCAUCACGGCGAAAAUCCUAAUGUAAAAUCUUUGACUCAUGAAGAUCGAUUGGGAUGA